UCCGUACAUCGCAGGCAACAGUCAUGGCCUCGGAGAACCAAGACGGAGUGAGCCAGCUGGAGCUAGAGGCUAUCAUUGGUUUUAACGGAUAUGUACCAUAUGGCCUAAUCAGCCACCCAGACAGAGAGCAUCUCAUAUACCCUUUGGGUUGCACGGUGAUUGUUCAGAACCUAAGCAACCGUAAACAGCAAUUCCUGCAGGGUCACACUAACAAUGUGUCCUGUGUGGCAGCUUCCAGAAGGGGCAAGUAUCUGGCUUCUGGGCAAGUCACCUACAUGGGGUUCAAGGCCGAUAUCUUCCUCUGGGAUUACGCUAAGAAAGAAGUGUGCGCCAAACUGACCCUGCACAAGGUGAAGGUAGAAGCUUUAGCUUUCUCUCCCAACGACCUGUACCUGGUGUCUCUCGGUGGGCAGGAUGAUGGCAGCAUUGUUCUGUGGAAUGUAGAGAAGAGAGAAGCCAUCUGUGGUAAUCCUGCCUCAUCUGUCAGUUCCGGCCAUGCCCUCACCCUGGCCUUCUCUAACGCCAGUGACAACAUCUUCAUGACGGGUGGCAAUGGGACUCUUCGUGUUUGGGAGGUUGAUGCUCCUAACAGGAAAAUGCGUCCAACUGAGUGUCAGACGGGGCAGCUGAAGAGAGUGGUCACCUGUAUAGCAGUGGCUGAAGAUGACAGCUGCUUCUACUGCGGCACCUCCACGGGGGAUAUCCUAAAGAUGAACCUACAGAACAAGCUGCUGAACAGCUGUGGACCUCAGAAGGGGAAGUUCAGCCUGGGAGUAACAGCUCUGGCUUUGCUAAAGACGGGAGAAUUUGUCAUCGGUUCCGGGGACGGAAAAGUCUCGCUAUGCAAAGGACCGAAUUACAAAGCAGCAAAGACCAUCCAGCUACAAGGGUCAGUGACAUCCAUCUCUUUGCGAGGGCAGGGGCAUCAGCUUUUUGUGGGCACAGCCCAAGCACAGAUAUAUCGCUUCAACUACCCAGAAUUCAAAGAGGAGCUCAUUACUACCUGCCACAGUGAGGCCGUCAAUGACAUGGUCUUCCCCUUUGGAACCUCUGAGCUUUUUGCUACAUGCUCCAAAUGUGACAUCCGAGUGUGGCACACUGCAAGCCACAAAGAACUGCUCCGCAUCACUGUGCCGAACAUGAGCUGCAAUGCUAUUGAUUUCAUGAGAGAUGGGAAAAGCAUCAUAUCAGCUUGGAAUGAUGGGAAAAUCCGUGCAUUCACACCUGAAAGUGGGAGACUGAUGUACGUAAUUGAAAAUGCGCACAGCAUGGGAGUGACAGCCAUGGCUGCAUCCAGCGACUGUAAGAGGAUCAUAAGUGGAGGAGGAGAGGGGCAGGUUCGAGUUUGGGAAAUUGGCAAAGAAAGUCAGCGGUUGGUAGAAUCCAUGAAGGAGCACAAGUCAGCUGUUUCCUGCAUCAAGGUGAAGAGGAAUAACCGGGAGUGUGUCUCUGCCAGCUCCGAUGGGACCUGCAUCCUCUGGGACAUUGUACGAUUUGUACGCAAGCAGAUGAUAUUGUCCAACACUCUGUUCCGCUGUGUUUGCUACCAUCCCGAGGAGUUCCAGAUCAUCACCAGUGGCACAGACAGGAAGAUCGGCUACUGGGAGGUGUUUGAUGGCUCAGCCAUUCGAGAGCUUGAAGGGUCCAUGUCUGGCGCUGUAAAUGGGAUGGACAUUAGUGAGGACGGAGCUCAGUUUGUCACUGGCGGAGAUGACAAGCUGGUGAAGUUGUGGGAUUACAACGAGGGAGAAGUGAACCACGUGGGCAUCGGACACAGUGGCAGCAUCAGCCGGCUUAAAAUUUGCCCUAUGUCAAAGUACAUUAUCAGUGUGAGCACAGACGGUGCCAUAUUGCUCUGGAGAUACCCCUUCCCUGUGUAGAUACCUCAUACUGUAUAUUCCCGAGAGAGUAGCAGCUAUCUCUUACCCAGCGACACAAAGUGAGCCUAGUCUCACUUAUUAUCACAGACAAUGUCAUACAAGGCAGCGUGAGAGAUGACAUUGUGGCUCACGCAGACAAAUUCCUUUUGGGAUGGGUCAGACAAGGUAUCUUUACUAGUUUGUCCAACAGGUACUGAUUAUUUAUAACUCAUAAAAAAUACUAGUAAAGUAGCAACAUUAUGUUUAAUCUAAUUAUAUCCAGAAAUGACCGUCUCACCAGCAAACGUAUUCACAAUCAACUGGAAAAGUGGCUUUUAAAUAAAAUGUGAAUUUUA